GCAUGGCCAGAAGGAAGUCGUUUCCCUGCUCCUGGCUUCGAAGGCACAGCCGGACGCUUCGUCCUUGACGACGGCUGCCCGCUUUGGCCACCUUGAGGUUGUGCAGCAACUGCUGGAGUCUGGAGUGAGCCCAGAUGCCCCAGAUGCUGGCUUCUCUGCGCUGCACGACGCGGCAUUUGAAGGACACCGCUCCGUGGUCGCUGCCUUGCUGGCUGCCCGCGCCGAGGUUGACAUUGCCGCCUCAGACGGCGCUACACCGCUGCAUUUGGCUGCGGUUGCAGGCCACGACAACAUCGUCGCGCUCCUCGUUGAGGCUGGUGCCGACACCGUGCGCACA